GCAUGGCGGUAUUUCUAUGUGUAUUAUAUGUUAUCUGCAACGUCAGUCGAUGGAACGCUCUAUGUGUGCUUGCUAUGGAAGAUGGUUCUAGCAGCGCCACAUCUCUUUCGUCGUCGGGUCAGGAUUCAUCCGAACUCGAAUCAUUGCGCCAAAGAUUGCAAGUUCUUGAAUUGGAGAAUCAAGGUCUUAAAGCGCGCAUAACUUAUCUAGAGGGAUUCAAUUCUCAGCAGGAGAAAGAAGCAUCUUCAUUACGAAACGAGCUGCAAACCUUAAAGGAGGAACAAGACCAAAGCUCCUCGGAGGUGCAGAAUGCGUUGCAGCAAGCUAAGUUGAAAGUCAAGAAUGCAAAAAAGCAGUUGGAAAGCCUCCAGGCAACUGUCCAGAACUUGAAGUCGGAGAAUUCUGUGCUUCUGAGACGUGUACAAGAGGCAGAGAAGUCUUCAACAGCCUUGGAGGCUGAGAAAGUGGAGUUGGCGUCUGUUGCUGCGCUUCACCAGAAGAAGUUGACGGAAGCGGAGGUGGCAUUAAAGUUCAUUGAGGCCGUGAAAAAAAAGGCAGAGGAGGAAGCUGCAGCUAGGGCGAAAGAGCUUUCUGAGGUGAGCGAGAAGUGGCUUCCACCAUGGGCUGCGUCACGGCUAUUGGAAUGGAAGGAGAAAGCAACUACACAUUGGGAAGCAUAUGGGAAGCCUGCUGCAAUUCAGCUUUCACGAAAGACAUCUGUGGCGGCCGCUUCUGCUCAAACGUGGGCUCAGCCUCGCUUGGAGUCCUUCAAAGGGGUGGUUGCAAAUUCCGUUGGGACGAUUGUGGUGAAAUCUGAGCCUGCAGUAAAAGUUGUUCGGGAGAAGCAAGAGGAGUGGGCUCCUAUUGUGAAAGAGCACGUGGACAAGGCCAAGGAGGUGAUGAAGCCGUAUGUGGAAAAGGCCCAUGCUGCUGGAGUAGAGGCUUUGGAAACGGCAAAGGUGAAGCUGAGCCCUCAUUGGGAGAAAGCCUUGGUGGCAGCCGAGCCAGUGAUAGAGUCCAUCAGGAGCAAGGCCCGGCCGAAGCUGGAAGCAGUCAUAGUGGCCGUCGCACCUCAUAUGGAGACGGCAAGGAACACUGUUGUUGAUCCUGCAAUGGAACACCUGGGGAAGCUUUACGAGAAAGUUUUUGCUGCGAGUGCCAAAUACCACGAGCAGCUUCAAGAAGUAGUGAAGGACACUCUUUUGAGGAAUGACGUCGCUGCUGUAUACGCUACACCAAGCACGCUUUACCAUGUGGCUACAAUGUUUCUGAUGAUUCCGGUGUUGAUGGUUCUCCUCGUCUUCGUCCCAUUGUUCGGCGGGAAGAAGAAACAAGGGCCGAGGACGCCAGAUAGAAGUCAUCCGAAGAAGAAGAAGAAAUCAAGCGACAAGUCCUCGAAACGGUCUGAAAAAGUCGACAAGCAAUCUGACAAAUCGGCGAAGUGAAAAACUCCUGCAGAUUGGGAAUGGAGUAUAACAUCGUCAUCAACCGCAGUGUCACGAAGAUACAGCAAGAAAGAGAAGGGGCCGAUAAUUGGGCGACUCACCCGCUCAUUAGUUGUCGGAUGUUGUGGCAUCGCGUAGGGAGAGAUUUUGUGGAGGUCUAGUUGUAUAAAUGUAAAUCUCACGAGUGGGGUAGGCCAGCGCUCCUUUCUCUACGGAAGACUGACAGUUUUCAGGUCCUGAAGAACGUCCGCUGUUGCGAUGGUCUUUGCCGUCGUGCCUGUUUCGUGAGCAGUGCCUGGAUUUGUCGACCUGCGAGGAGCGAGGGUGUGUACGGGGGGGGUGUGUGAUAACCGCCCCUGCGUUAUCCCUCUCGCCUCUGCGGUCCGAGAGUCUGAGACCUGGUACGACUGUUCAUCCAGUUUCUGUCUUCUGUUACCUGACACACAAUUUUCCUAAAUGUACCUGACCGCAAUUGCGGCCUGACUAAAUGUAUCUGACCUCAGUUACGGUCAGGUCUGUUUUCUGUUCCCGCUGAACCCAUCUUCAGGACCAGGUCUGCUUUCUGUACCUGCUGUGUGCAGUCUGUUCAUGCAUUAUCUCAAUUUAUGUCUUCUUUCUCCUGACACUAGCACUUUUCCUACGAGUACCUGAUCAGCUCGACUGAAUGUAUCUGACUGCAAUUGCGGUCAGGUCUGUUUACUGCUCCUGCUGAAUCCAUCUUGAGGACCAGGUCUGCUUUCUGUACCUGCUGUGGGCAUCUCCAGGGCCAAUUCUGUUUUCUGGGUCAGGUAUCUAUUUUGUUAUGUUCUCUGGCAAUUGGGACCCGGGUUCGCCAAGAAGGCAGGCAGCAGCAAUGUCAUACAUACUUGAUCCCUGUGUUCUAAAUGUACCUGACCGCAGCCCGACUAAGAGACGACGGUUGGACUGCUGAUAGCGGUGGAUGAUAUACGUUGGAGGAUGCUACCGCAGGAGUGUGUGCUGCUGAAAAUUGCUGGCGAGGAAUUGAGUUACGUGGGAGUGGGGAAGACUUGUGUUUUUGGAGGGAUUUGAAAUCCCGCAUCGCUGGUGUUUGUGGAGUGAGCCCGAUUCCGACGGACAGUGCAUUUGGAUUAUGCGCGGCUGAAAUUGCUGUCGGCAGAGGUGAGUUGUAUGGGAGUGGAAAAGGUGUAUUUGUGGAGGUGGAUUAUGUGCUCCCUGUUGGGAUUGCUGCGUGUGUGGAUGCAGUGUGAUUGCAAUUUGAAAGGACAGCGCAGGUGGAUUAUGUGCUCUGCCUGUUUGAAAUGCUGCGGCGAGGGGCGCGAGUGAAAUGUGGAGUGGAAAAGAAUUGUUGUAUUUGUGGAGGACUUUCAAGUUAAAUAGCCAGUGUGGGUGUUGGCGGUGUGAUUGCAAGUGGAACGGACUGCGCAGGUGGAUUAUGUGCUUCCUGUUUGAAUUGCUGCGUCGAGGGACGCGAGUGACAUGAUAGUGGAAAGGAAUUGUAUUCGUCGAGGAACUUCAAGCUUGACGGGAUGGGUGGUGCUGGUAUUUGUGAAGGGAGGGGUUGCCAUUUCUACGGACAGCAAAGGUGGAUUGUGGCCACUGUACAUAAGAGCAGCAAGAUCUUUUGGAGAGCCGCUUCCAGGUAGGACAUGACACUGCACAGAUGCGUAAGGCUUGACGGGUUCUGAUACUUGCCCCAAUUCCCCCAGCCCCAAGUUUGGGGUGGGCAGACAACACAGCUGGUGUGGCAUCGUUGUGUAGAGAUUUAGAACACGGCACGAUUCUUUUGUGAUUGCCCUGUUUUGAGGUCAUUGGCUGUAUUUUGUUGGUGGAAAUGGACAUCUCUACUCCCGAGCACUUUCGUUGAGCUCAUGUGCCAGCCAUCGCAUCGGGUGUUGUAAGUGUGUCGCUUGUUUUCUGAGCUCUGUCGAUGUUCGCUGUGUAACCGUGUCGUCCUUGUGCACCUUCAUGGCCGCUCCUCCUUGUCCUCGGCCUUCGUCUUCUUUCUCCUCAUGGCAGCUCCUCCUUGCCCUGGGCCUUCAUCUCUCCGCCCCCCGUCUUCUGUGCACAACCAUGUGCACAACAGUGCAAACAUCCUCCGGGCGUCCUUGUGUGCGAGCAGGUGCAGGUUACCGCUGGUACGAUUGAUGCUGAGGUUGCGGUUUUUAUUCUGUGCUGUACCCUUGGCACCACUUGCACAUACGUACACUUUGGCGGCUUUGUGGCACCGUUCGUCGCCUGCCCCGCAAAGUUGUUUUCAAGAGGAGAGUAUGGGUCUGUUGCUUUUUUUCUUUGAAGUCCGUUGCUUUUCGCUUUACUGUGGGUUAAGUUGAACUUAGUUUUUUUUUGUUUUCCUCUUUUUUUUUCCUCUUUUUUUUCUGUUUUUUUUUCUUUAGCGCUUUCCCACCAGACCUGUCCUUUUCUUGCGUCAUUGAACUAGGUGUAUUGUUUCGUCGGACACGAUGGCUGGUUAUCACUGUCUAUGGUGAAGAAUGAGGAAGGCCGGUAGUCGAGGAGGAGAGUGUGUGAGCGACUGAGCAAGUUUGUCUGUGAAAAGAACGGAUGGUAGUGGAAGAGGAGAGUGUGGCAAGCAACGAGGAUGGAUGGUGGGCUAUCUGGUCAAGGAGAAAGUGUGAAAGGGGUGGGAUUUUUUUUUUUUUUUUUUUUUUGCAAUGUGUAAGUCGCUGGUUAUCACUGUCUAUGGUGAAGAAUGAGGAAGGCCGGUAGUUGACGAGUAGAGUGCGUAAGAGGGAGCGACUGAGCAAGUUUGUCUGUGAAAAGAACGGAUGGUAGUUGAAGAGCAGAGUGUGGCAAUUAACGAGGACGGACGGUGGGCUAUGUGGUCGAGGAGAAAGUGUGAAAGGCGUGGGAGCGAGCAACGCAGAAGUCCACGAGUCUGGUGGUGGGCUAUUUGGUUAUAGGUGCGAGGAUUCAAAUUUCGAACCCAUAACCUUUUGUUACUCUGUACCCAAAACAGGGAACCUAUGAUAGUGGAGUGACACGACUGUGGUCGUCUUUAUAGAGGGAUCACUGUUCAGCACAUCCGCUCAGAAGCUUUGUUGUUUUUGUUCGACUCGAAAAUGAAGUCUCCGAACUCAA